AUGGCAUCAAAACGAACGUAUAAGACACAUUUGAAUUCCGUUGGGACUGAACCAGAUAUGCCAAGAACCUCAAAACACAGAAAAUUUCAGCAGAAACAGAUUAAUUUUUCAAAUCCUACUGAAGAGAAGAGUGAACUUCUAAGCAAAAAAGACUGUAAACAAGAGAACAGACAGGAAGAUGAUGGAAAUAUAAAUGUGGAAGGAGAGGAAAAUGAUGGAAAUAGACAAGAGGAUAGAAAGGAAGAUAAUGGAAGACGAAAUGAGGAAGGUGGGGAGGACGAAGGAAGUGGAAAUGAGGAAGGAGAGAAAGAUGAUGAAAAUGGACAAGACAGAGAGGAAGCAGAGGGAAGUGGACAUGAGGAAGAUGAUGGAAGUGGGAAUGAGGAAGGAGAGGAAGAUGAUGGAAGUGGGAAUGAGGAAGGAGAGGAAGAUGAUGGAAGUGGGAAUGACGAAGGAGAGGAAGAUGAUGAAAAUGGACAAGACAGAGAGGAAGAAGAUGGAAGUGGGAAUGAGGAAGCAGAGGGAAGUGGACAUGAGGAAGAUGAUGGAAGUGAGAAUGAGGAAGGAGAGAAAGAUGAUGAAAAUGGACAAGACAGAGAGGAAGCAGAGGGAAGUGGACAUGAGGAAGAUGAUGGAAGUGGGAAUGAGGAAGGAGAGGAAGAUGAUGGAAGUGGGAAUGAGGAAGGAGAGGAAGAUGAUGGAAGUGGGAAUGACGAAGGAGAGGAAGAUGAUGAAAAUGGACAAGACAGAGAGGAAGAAGAUGGAAGUGGGAAUGAGGAAGCAGAGGGAAGUGGACAUGAGGAAGAUGAUGGAAGUGGGAAUGAGGAAGGAGAGGAAGAUGAUGGAAGUGGGAAUGAGGAAGGAGAGGAAGAAGAUGGAAGUGAACAAGAAGAACUUGAAGAAGAUAGUGGAAGUGAACAAGAAAAGAGAGCAGAAACAGAGAGGAGCCAAGGAAAUUCAGAUUCAAAACAAAAGAAGGUACUGUAACGUAAUUAUAGGUUAUCUAUAUGCAUGGUGUUAAUUUAUGUUGAAUGUGAAAACCAGCUGUCUUAAAUGAACAGCACUGUUAGUGUUAUUUCUGCUUCUGUUUUUAUAUUGUUUUCCAGCUGUUAAUGUGAUCAGCCUUAUCUUUUAUUACAGAAACAAC